AUGUCGCUCACGGCCUAUCUUGACGGCAUAUGUGGCGAGCCAGGCCCGUCAACUACCGCCCAUAGAGAAUGGGAGGCACUCCUCGCCAGCAUUGACAACGUCACCGCGGCCAACGAGGACAACCUCCUCGCUGCAGAACGUACCCUCUGGCCGACGCUCCACUCCCUCCUCGGCGUCGAUGCCGUGGAGCAAGUCGCCGGCCAUGUGUCCGCCAUGCACCUCGAUGACGACGUGUACUUGCCCCCCACACCGCCCGAGCCGGCUGCGUCCGCCUCCGGCUCCGGUCGUGCGGGCAAGGACGUCAGCGACCUCUUGGCCCGGCUUCACCGCCACCUGCAGCCCACGGCGUACGCGUCCCUCCUUGAGCUCCUCGCCUCGGGCCGCGACGAGAUGGACAUCCAGAGCGAGCUGGUCGAGAUCCUCGGCUUUGAGGGUGAUGGACUCAUGCUCGUUGAAGAUGUGCUCAAGCCCGGUGUGCGCGAGUCGGUAGUCCUUGCUGAGCGCGGCGGUGGUGCCAAACAGCGGAAGCCGCCGAAGAACCAGAAGGGCCGCAAGGGCAUGAUCGACAUCACAGACGUUAUUGGUACAGCUGAGGACAUCGAGCAGCGUAUCCAGGAGCAGCUGAACAGGCCCAAGGCCAUGUUCGUGGAAGAGAGCCAGCAACGUGUCCCGAAAGAGACCGAGAACCUUCCUCACGUCUACACCUCUGGCAAGAGCGUCAACGCUGCCAUGUCCUACGGCGGCAAGCUGGCUCUCCCCGUCGGCACCGUGAGGGAGCAGACUGACAUCUGCGAGGAGGUCACUGUCCCUCCACCCAACCUGCCCCCGCCCAAGGCCACCGAGAAGCCCGUCCUCAUCCGCAACCUGCCUCCCCUCGCGCGCGGCUGUUUCCCAGGCUACACUUCCCUGAACAGGAUGCAGUCCAUCGUCCAGCCCAUUGCGAUGAACACGAACGAAAACAUGCUCGUCUGCGCGCCCACCGGUGCGGGUAAGACGGACGUGGCCAUCAUGACCAUUCUGCGUGUCCUCCAGUCCCACAUCAAGCCCGGCCCCUCCACCCACGCGUCGGGCUUCACGGUCGACAAGGACAAGUUUAAGAUCAUCUACGUCGCGCCCAUGAAGGCCCUGGCUGCCGAGAUCACGCGCAAGUUUGGCAAACGCCUCGCGUGGCUCGGUGUGCAGGUCCGCGAGUUGACGGGAGACAUGCAGAUGACCCGUCAGGAGAUCAACGAGACGCAGAUUAUCGUGACCACGCCUGAGAAGUGGGAUGUGGUUACCCGCAAACCUACGGGUGAAGGUGAACUCGCAGCCAAGGUCCGCCUCCUGAUUAUCGACGAGGUGCACCUCCUCAACGAAGAGCGUGGUGCGGUCAUUGAGACCAUUGUGGCGAGGACGCUGCGACAGGUCGAGUCGUCCCAGUCCCUCAUCCGCAUUGUUGGUCUCAGUGCCACGCUGCCAAACUACAUCGACGUCAGCGACUUCUUGCGCGUCAACCGUUACCAGGGCCUGUUCUUCUUCGAUGCCGCCUUCCGUCCCGUCCCCCUCGAGCAACACUUUAUCGGUGUCAAGGGCAAGCCACGCAGCGCUACCCAGACGCGUAACAUGGAACAAGUCGUGUUCGACAAGGCUCUCGAGCUUGUGCGCGAGGGCCACCAGGUCAUGGUCUUUGUCCACGCGCGCAAGGAGACAGUCAAAACGGCGCAGCGUCUGAAAGAAAUGGCCAUGGAGGAGAGCUCUAUUGACCUGUUCGACAACCACGACCACCCCAAGUUCCAACUGUACCGCCGCGACAUUGGCACCUCUCGCAACCGCGAGAUGAAGGAGCUGUUCGAUUACGGUUUCGGUAUCCACCACGCAGGCAUGUUGAGGUCGGACCGUACCAUGAUGGAGCGCAUGUUUGAGGACAACGCCAUCAAGGUCCUCUGCUGUACGUCCACUUUGGCGUGGGGUGUCAAUUUGCCAGCGCACGCCGUCAUUAUCAAGGGCACCAACGUGUACGAUUCGGGCAAGGGUGCCUUUGUCGACCUGUCGGUCCUCGAUGUUCUCCAGAUCUUUGGUCGUGCCGGUCGUCCAGGCUACGAGACUGAGGGUGUCGGAUACAUCUGUACCGCGCAAGACAAGCUUGACCAUUACCUAUACAGCAUUAUGAGCCAGCAACCCAUCGAGUCCAAGUUUAUCCCCGGCAUGGUCGACGCUCUCAACGCCGAAGUAUCCCUUGGCACCAUUGCCAAUGUCCGCGAGGCCAUCUCGUGGAUCGGUUACACGUACCUUUUCGUGCGCAUGCGCCGCGAGCCGUUCAUCUACGGCAUGUCGCAUGACGAGCCCAAGGACGACCCGCAGCUGGGCAACAAGCGCAGCGAGCUGGUCAUUUCCGCUGCGCGCACCCUCGCAACGGCCAAGAUGAUCCGCUUUGAUGAGUUUACAAACUCGUUUGUGAUCAGCGACUUGGGCCGUAUUGCCGCGAGGUACUACCUGCGGCACCAGACCGUCGAGGUGUUCAACGAGCAGUUCAACCCCCGUAUGAAAAAUGCCGACAUCUUCGCCAUGCUGGCGCAGGCUACUGAGUUUGCCCAGAUCCAGAUCCGCGACACUGAGAUUGACGAGCUCACCAACAUUAUGAGCAGCGACAACUGCCCCAUGGAGGUCAAGGGCGGUGCUACCAGUGCGCAGGGCAAGGUCAACAUUCUGCUUCAAGCCCACAUUUCAAAGGUCUUCAUUGAGGACUUUGCUCUCGUCUCGGACGCGGCGUACGUCGCCCAGAAUGCCGGUCGUAUCAUCCGCGCCUUGCUCGAGAUUGCCCUCUCGCGCAACUGGUCCAACUGUGCUCUCCUUCUUAUCGACCUGUCCAAGGCCAUUGAGAAGCGCAUGUGGCCGUACGACCACCCGCUUGAGCAGAUUACAACGCUCCAGCGUGACACAAUCUACAACCUCCGCCGCUGGGCGGACGAUGCUGAAAUCGCGGACCUCCGCGAGAUGGACCCCAAGGACGUGGGCGACAUGGUCCACAUGAACGAGACGCAUGGCGCUGCACUCCGCAACGCCGCGCUCAUGUUCCCCACCAUCGGUGUCAACUAUGCUCUCCGCCCUUUGGCACACGAUUUGCUCCAGAUCACGGUCACGGUCGAGGCGCAGUUCCAGUGGAACACCAAGCUGUCUGGUUCCGCAGAGCCCUUCUAUGUCUGGGUGCAGGACGAGGAGGGAGUCCACAUUCUGCAGUGGCGCAGCAUCCUUCUCCGCCAGACGUCCACCACUAUGGACAUUGACUUUGUCAUUCCCUGGGACGGACAGCACUCGACCAUCUCCAUCGUCACCGCCUCGGACCGCUGGCUUGGCUCGGACAGCCAGACUGUCAUCUCCCUCGCCAACCUCAUCAUGCCCAAGCAGUUUACCGAGGCCACACCUCUGCUCGACCUGCCCUUCCUCCCCAUCACGGCGCUGGACGACCCAGCCCUCGUGUCGGCCUACCGCCCGCACGUCCCGAUGCUCAACAGCAUCCAGUCCCAAGCAUUCUGGAGCAUGUACCACACCAACAACAACGUUCUGCUGUCGGCUCCCGUUGCGUGUGGAAAGAGCUUGCUGGGUGAAAUGGCCAUUUGGCAUGCGUUCCGCCACGAGGCCAAUGGCCUCGCGCUGGUGAUCAUGCCCGACGUGCGCUCUGCCGGAGAGGCCGCAGCGCGUAUCCGCGGCAUUGUGCCCAAGGGCCGUAAAGUGAGCGUCACGCAUGUGCGCAACGCCGAUGCUCUGGAAAAGGCUGCAGAGGCCGAGGGUCAGCGUAUCAUUGUCGCUACCCCUCAGGCUCUGGACGGUAUCGUGGGCCCAAGGCUGUACGACCUCGGGCAUAAGUUGUCCCUCAUCGUCCUCGAGGACCUGCACCUCAUGGACGCGCACUACGAGCUUGUCAUCGCCAAGCUCCUUUCCAUCUCUCGCGCGGCCAGGACGCGUAUUGUCGGUCUCUCGUCCACUCUCAUCAACCCUACAGAUCUCGGCAACUGGCUCGGUGUCAGCCCCGAUUUCCAGUUUGCAUUCGCCCCGCGCGACCGUGGGGCACCUGUUGUUGUCCAGCUCAAGACUUUCAGCACGGCCCACUCGGCGACUUUGCUCAAGACCAUGGUCAAGCCUACAUAUGACAUUAUCAAGCAGGCCCCCGGCCCCGUCGUGGUGUUCACGCCGAGUCGCGUUGCGGCGCGCUCGGCCGCAGCCGACCUCGUCACCCAGUCGGGUACCGAAAUGGACCUCUCUGGGUUCCUGCAAGCGCCGCGCGCCGACGUCGAACCCCUCGUCGCCAGGCUGAGGGACAGCAACCUCGUCGAGCCCCUUCUCCACGGUAUCGGCUACAUCCUGCCGACCAUGGCACCUACCGACCUCGCGCUCGUCCUCGAGCUUUUCGCUUCGGGCAUUAUCAAGGCCCUCAUCGCCCCGCGUGACGCCUGCUGGACGCUCCCCGUCCGCGCCUCCACCGUCGUUCUCAUGGGUGCCCAGUAUGCCAAGUACGAUCGCGCGUCGGGCGACCGCGUCAUUGCCAACUAUGCGCGUCACGAGCUCAUCCGCAUGCAAGGGUUCGCCGUCCAGUCGGCACACCCUGCUGCACAGGCCGGGCGCAUGUUUGUCAUGUGCCAAGGCGAGCAGAGCGUUGGUAUCGCGCGCGUGCUGUCCGACGGCCUGCCUCUGGAAAGUAAACUCCCCGCUGUCUGCCACCGUGAGCUCGGCACAGAGUCGACUGCUGCCGCGCUCGAGGGCAUGCUCAAGCCCCGCGACCCGCCGCCACCACCGGCGCCGCACCGCCCGCGCGUACCCGACCUGCGUAAACGCGAUCUGGUCGACCUCAUGGGCUGGACACUGCUCGGCCGUCGCGUGCGCACCAACCCGACAUACUACGGCCUGAUCGACACGCUCCAGGCCGAGGGUGUCAGUCGCCUUGCCGACGAGUUUUACUCCAGGAAGGAUGCCCAGCUUGCUGAAGAGCGCAGGCUUGAGGCCAAGGCGAGGCGCGAGAAGGAAAAGGCCGAGGAGCGCGAGCGCGAGCGCAAGGCCGUGGAAGAGGCGCGACUGAACAACGGUGCCCUGGACGACAGCGGUGUCGCUGAGGAUGGGGAUGCGGACAUGGGUGAAGGUGAUGAAGACCCCGAGCGCGGGGUUGGCGCGGCCGACACGUUCAAGAUUGAGGAGGUGGACGUGCUGGACAGCGACAGUGAUUAG